AUGCCAUCCGCACUACGACGAGGAAGAGGGAAGCUAGUGCAAACGCCCCUCUCUCGGGAAAGUCAACCACGAGCAGCCAAACCCUUUCUUGUAUAUGUUGCCGUGAGCGUCGUGGUGAUCCUGGUUCUGCAUGUGAACCUUUUGCUCCGGAUUCAUCCAGGAAUGGUGCAGUUGGAAACACCGACCACUCUGGAAAAUCCAUCCGAAGCACGUCGCGUGGAGGAAACCAAGAAUCAAGCGCCCCCAUCGUCCAAACCCAAGGUGCUAGCUUCUGGUCGCGAGAAAACAACUCUGUCAGUAUUCAAAGAUGCCAACUGCAAAGGAAUUGCCGCAAAGCAAAUUACCGCCACAUCGUCAGAGGCUGUGGAAUUGUUAUUGGAUUAUUUGCCAAAAUCUGCUCAGAUUCAAGGAGCUGGUCUGGCCCAGGUCUUUGUGGGAGACAAAUAUGCAUACGUCGGGACAGUGAUGGAACUAGAAGGCUGCGUGGACUUUUACAAUUUGUUUGACGAUGUCCAAAAUGAUAAGAGCAAGUUUUCCGUGCACUCUUCGUUGGACAGUCAGGUUGUCACCACAGCUCGAAAGCAGGUGGAUCCAGCUCUACAACGACAAUUUGCCACUGUGAAUGAUCUCUCCAAACCCCAUACUCGGUUCAUCUUUAGUUGUGAAUCCAGUGAAUAUUUUGGCUAUCAGGUCUAUGCCAAUGCCCUUGGCUUUCUCAAGUCGAUGCAAACCGAUGCCAGCUGGCUCCGUCUGUUGACUAGUCAAGCUCCAGAUGAUCUCAGUGAACGGUUUGCCACCUUUACUGCUCCACGACAGCUGUACAGCGGCUUUUACCAUCCCAUCAACAAGGCAGAUGUCAUUGACAAAUGGAUGCAUUCCCUCGACGCCCCUCAUCCAGACGAUACACUCGUUGUGAUAGACCCAGACAAUUGGCUCAUCAAUGAUAUUCACAAAUGGGCGACCAGAGUCUCUGCCAAGCACGCUAUGGGGCAGCGAGCUUACUAUUCCCAAAACCCCAUGCUUCAGGAAUUGUGGCAAGAGAUUUGCCUCAACAAUUGUCAAACUCCAACCGAUUUUGCCGCCGUUCCCUAUGUGAUCAAAGCCUCCGAUAUGAAAGAGGUGGCACCGUUGUGGCGAUCCUACUCGAUCGAUAUCAAAGAACGAUUCCAAAACAACGUGACAUUCAAAGAAAAAUAUGGCCCUGGCUUGGGCGUCCGAUGGGCGGCGGAGAUGUUUGGAUACAAUGCUGCUUGCACUCAUUUGAACAUCAAAACAACCAUUGCCAACGACAUGCAAAUACGAGACGUGGAUGGUGGCAAACGAAAAUUUGAAUUUUUGAAUGGCAAGAUGCCCAUGAUCCACAUGGGGAGAGCUUGGUUUCCAAGAGAGAAACCAGAAAUAGCGGCACCUUGGCGACACUCGAGCAGCAACGAGCCAGGAUCCAUUGCGGCAUCGGGGAUUCAGGUGUGGUGUAAAUGCAAUCAAACAGCUCCCAAGGUACUGCCUUGGCCACUGCCGGAUGGGUUGGAUUUUGUAUCUUACCACACACUGACGCUGCUGCAUGAUUCCAUAGAAAAGUUUGGUCCCAUUCCGGUGAAUGAGACCUGGCGGAAGAAGAGGACAGUGUUGUAUGCCUGGAGUCAUCCAUGA